AUGCCGUCGAUGCCUCCUCAGUUCCAGCAGCAGUACCAGCAGCAGCAACAGCUACAACAGCCUCAACUACAGCAGCAGGUGCCUCAGCCGACUGGGUUUCCGGCUCCGCAGCAACAGCAGCAGCAGCAGCCGCCCCAGCAGCAGCCCCAGCCAACGAGCUCGACCAUCUCUCCCCCUCCGAUUAAGCCGCAGCCAACUGGAUUUGCGGAAGUGGCUGCGUCUUUCCAGACUGGGGGCACGGCCAAGCCCCAGGGACGAAGAGCCGAUAAGUCAAAGACCAAGAUUCCCAACAUUAGACUGUCUUUCAUCACGGCCGCCGACCAAGCAAAGUUCGAGACACUGUUCAAGUCUGCUGUGGGAGAUGGCUCGGCGACAAUGUCUGGAGACAAGGCUAGAGACCUUUUGCUGCGGUCUAAGCUGGAUGGCGACGCGCUGUCGCAUAUUUGGGGCCAUUUUAGGACGCUGGCUGAUACCACGCGAGCGGGACAACUCUACUUUCCUGAAUUCGCCCUCGCCAUGUAUCUUUGCAAUCUGAAGCUUACAGGCAAGACAUUGCCACCUACUCUGCCUGAGCACGUCAAAAACGAGGUUUCCAGCAUGGUUGAUAUCAUUAGCUUUGCUGUUCCGGACGAAGGCCCCGUGACGAGCCACGCAAACGUGCCCACCAUCGAGCAGCCGACGCCGCAGCCGCCUCCACCGUCAAACUCCCAGAUUCUGCAAGCGCAGAUGACAGGCUUUCCUGGAGCGCAGCAGCAGCAAGGCUUCGGAGGCCAAUCGCAAGGCCUUCAGCCACAGCCGACGGGUUUCGCCAACUUACAGAACCCUCAACCGACAGGAUACGGCGGCCCUCUUCCUCCGUUGCCUCCUAUGCCCACUGGAUUCGGUGGACCUGGGGGCAUGGCAGCACCAUUGAAUGCUCAACCCACGGGACGGCCCGGCCAGUGGGGUCUAGUUAAUGCUCCUGCGACUGGACUGCCCAACAUUGACGCACUGCAUGCUCGUAUGAUGCCUCAGGCCGGCCGCGAAGCCGGCUCUUACACCACCGCUGGUCUUCAAGGCAAUGCUGUUAUUCCAUGGGCUAUUACUAAAGAGGAGAAGACUAGAUAUGAUGCUUUGUUCAAGGCAUGGGACGGACUCAACAAGGGCUAUAUCGGCGGUGACCAAGCCAUUGAGAUCUUUGGCCAGAGUGGUCUUGAGAAGCCUGAUUUGGAGAGAGUCUGGACACUGGCUGACCACGGCAACAAAGGCCGACUGAACCUGGAUGAAUUCGCCGUUGCCAUGCAUUUGAUCUACAGAAAGCUGAAUGGAUACCCCAUGCCCAACGUUUUGCCCGCGGAACUUGUACCUCCUUCUACUCGCAACUUUAGCCAGUCCAUUGGUACUCUGAAGUCCCUGCUGCACGAAGAAUCAGACCAUCGUAAGAACUCUGGUGCUGCGCUGCUACCGCAAAAGACUGGUGUCAGUUAUAUGAAGAACCGCUCAUUCAGAGGCAGCCCUGCCCCUGCUGCAGGCGGACGUAAGGAUGCCACAGUGUUUAGGAACGACGACGAGGACUUUGGCUACAGGUCUAGUGCUCGCCGGAGGCUUGGGGGGGCUAAUUCACCCAGACCUGAAUCUCCAGGCACGUCUUCUGUUGGAUCCAACGAUGAUCUGACUCUCGAUGAGUUGAGGAAGAAGGUCAAGGAGAAGCAAAUCUUGCUCGACGCUAUGGAUUUUGCCGAUGAGAAGAACCAUGAAGAGGACGACAUUUUGGACCGACGCGAUCGGCGUGAGGCGGAGGAACUCUACCGCCGCAUUCGACGCAUUCAGGACGAUAUUGACUCGCAUCCAGAUGCCGCACUGGCUGUUGGUAACUCCGACGCUGAGACAAGGGCUCUGAAGCGCCAGCUCCAGAAGCUCACAGACAGAGUCCCUGAGCUUGCUUCGCAGGUGCGAAAGGCGGAGAAAGCUAUCAUGGACGCCAGACUCGAGCUCUUCCGUCUCAAGGAUGCUAAGGCUCACCCUGGCAGUGCGUUGUCCAUCGUGGGAACUGGUCCUGGUGGCUCAGUGACUGAGUCAGACCGACUCAAGGCUCGUGCAAAGGCCAUGAUGCAACAGAGAACUGCUGCCUUGACAGGUAAGAAGAUUGAGACUGCUUCCGAAGACCUGGACGCCCCCAAGAGGCUUGAGGAAGAAAGCAUCAAGGUCAGAAAUGAGAAGGAGAGCAAUGAGCGCAUGGUCCAUGAUGUCGAGGACAGCGUCCGUGACUUUUCGCGCAGCAUUGAGGACAGCCUCAACGAUACUGGAAAGGACAAUAGCAGCGAGCAUGAGAGACGUCGCUGGGAGGAUGCCCUCGGUGUCGAAGACGAGGUUCGAGACUUCAUCUUUGAUCUCCAGCGCGAGAGCCGCGCUGCUCGCGUCCGAGCUCAGGAUAAGCGCAAUGCACGACCUUCAGCAGCGGACGAGGCUCCUCGAGAACGAGAACGAGAACGAGCUGCUCUGUCCCCUCAGCCAGCGGAGAGCCCUGCUCCCACCUCGCGCACCGCCACUCCUUCUUCCACAGCUGGUGGUGGCUCAUACUCUUCGUACAAGACGCCAGAAGAGCGUGCUGCCUUUAUCAAGCAGCAAGCUGAACAGCGCAUGGCUGAGCGCCUUGCGGCACUGGGCAUCAAGGCACCGACUAAGCCUGGAGAAAGCGCUGCUCAGCGCAUAGAACGUGAAAGAUCUGAACGAGCUGCCAAGUUGCGCCAAGCCGAGGAAGAUGACGCUCGCAGAGAGGCCGAGCGACAGGCUCGACUGAACGAGGAACAGGGUAUCCCCCCUCCCGCCGUGGAAGAGCCACAGUCAGCUGCUAAGAAGCCACCACCACCUCCUACCAGGAAAGGAGGAAAGGGUGAUGGUGGCGAGGCAGCUGCGGCGAAGAAGGCGGAGGAAGAUGCUGCCAAGGCCGCUGAGGAGCAACGCCUCGCCCGUGAGCACGAGCAGCAACAGCGGGAAAACGAACAGCUGCAGCAACAAGUCCAUGAGGAAGAGGACGAGUUCGCAGCAGAGCAGCGUGCGGCUGAUGAACGACUUAAGGCUCUGGAGGAACAGGUUCGACAGGGUAAGCUACGAAAGGAAGAAGAGAAGAAGAAGAAGAAGGCGGCUUUGGCGGAAGCCAAGGAAAAAGAGGCCAAGCUAGCUGCUCGCCGCGCAGAGAUGGAGGCUGCCAAGCAGCGUGAACUUGAAUUACAGCGCCAACUCGAAGCUAUCGAUGACGACAGCUCGUCUUCCGAUGAAGAGGAGAGCCGCGAGCAAGCCACACCGCCGGCGUCGACACCUACGCUUGGAGGUAGCCAGGUCAGCAACCCAGAGCCUGAGAGAGUAAGCUCGCCGCCGGUUGCUGCUGCACCAGUCGCAGCCCCAGCUUCGGCAGCCUCUCCUCCACCCGUUCCCACGGUGGUAACCUCUCCUCCAGCCGAGCCUGAGAGCAAGAACCCCUAUUUCAAGAUGAUGUCGCAGUCAUCAGAAGCUUCUUCUCCAGCCGUGCCAAAGGAGGCCACUACGCCAGCAGCCGAUGUUUCCACCAAUCCUUUCCACCGCAUGACACAAGAUAUCAAGGCAGCCCCUGUGCCAACUGCUGCACCCACUCAGCCUUGGUCUCGCAAGCGAGCUGAUUCUGAUGACUGGGGCUCAGACAGCAGGUCGUCUGACGACGAAGAUUCUGACGAUGACCGGCCUGGCGCCGGCAAUGCUGCCCAACUGGCGUCUAUCCUGUUUGGCACCAUGGCACCACCCAGGCCGCUGUCUGCUGCUGGCAGAGACUCGUCUCCAUCCACGCCUGCUCCGGCCAACGAUGCGGUAGCCUCUGCUCCGCCUCUGCCGAACGGAACUCCUGUUGGUGCUCCUCCUCCUCCGCCACCCCCGAUGCCCGAUGCUGGAUCACCGCCGCCUCCACCGCCAAUGGCUCCCAUCGGAGGUCCUCCUCCUCCUCCGGCUUUGCCUGGUGGCAUCCCUCCCCCGCCUCCCCCUCCUCCUCCUGGUGAUGCUCCAUCACUGCCGGCAGCUGGCGGUCGCCCUGCUGGCUUUUUGGGAGAGAUUCAGGCUGGAAGAGCCCUCAAGAAGACGACGACCAAGGACAAGAGCGCAUCUACCGUUGCUGGUCGGGUUUUGGAAUGA